GGCUGGAACAUUCUGGAAGUAAUACGGCGGGCGUGAAGCGGCGAGCCUGGGUGGACGUGGAAGCGUCCGCGCCUGCCCUUCCACUGCCCCCGAGCCGUUUCUGUGUAGACUCGACUACGUUGAACAAGAUGGCUCUGAAGAGAAAGCACGCUUCGCUACACUUUUGAAGCUUCUCACUUGGGAAGAAGUGGCUGAGAUGGUGGUGGACAGCUGUCAAUCCGUGAGUGGAGAAGUGGAAGGUCUCACAGACAAGUUCACAGAGCUGGAGGCCCUCAGCAUGGUCAACGUGGGCCUCUCUUCGCUGGCCAAGAUGCCGUUGCUGCCCAAGCUGCGCAAGCUGGAGCUGAGCGACAACAACCUGUCGGGUUCUUUUGAGACUCUGUCGGAGAAAUGUCCCAACCUGAUCUACCUCAACCUGAGCAACAACAAGAUCAAGGAGCUGAGCAACGUGGAGGCGCUGCAAAACCUGAAGAGCCUGCAGAGUCUGGACCUGCUGAACUGUGAGAUCACGUCCUUGGAUGACUACCGCGACAGCGUCUUCGAGCUUCUGCCUCAGAUCACCUACCUGGACGGCUUCGACCAGGAUGACAACGAGGCGCCCGACUCUGAGGCGGACGACGAAGAUGAGGAUGGCGAGGACGGGGCGGGUCCGCCGGGCGACUAUGACGAGGAUGACGAUGAAGACGAGGAUGACGAUGGCUCGGAGGGAGGAGAGGUGGGGCAGAGCUUUCAUGUGAAGAGGGGAGAUCAGGAGGAGGAAGACGACGAGGAAGAGUACGGCGAAGAGGAAGAGGAGGAUGACGAGCAGGCGGACGUUCAGGGACAAAAGAGGAAGAGAGACGUGGAUGACGAGGGCGAGGACGACGACGAGGACGAUUAGUCGCUCGGUUCCGGUCGUGGUGUUUGUGUCCGUGUGUCCCUCAGCUAGACAACAAACCAGGGAGAUCACUUCCUACAUCACAUCUUCAUGCUCUCUAGCCCCGCCCACGCCUUCCAACUGCUUCCUGUUUGUCCACAUGGAGCUUCAGUGCAGAGGGGUGUGUCCUCUUUUUCUUUUUCCAAACUUCAGAAUGCGAUGGAUGAUGUGAGGAGCCGUUAAGGAGGACAAAGAUCUCACAUGGACACAAAGUCAACACUUCCUGUCUCUACCUUUUUCAUUGUUUUUACAAACUCUACCAAACAUGUUUUUACAAUCGCAAUUGGACUUUUUCAACACAAAAGUCAGCUGAUGUUUUUGGACAAGGGCGUUCCCAACCUCUCCACUUCCAAAGAUCCAAGAUGGCGGCUAGCUUGAGCGGGCGGUCGACGUGUUUUCCCUCGAUGUUCGGCUUGGAAUGUGGCACCUCUUUUCAGCCGCCAUAUCAGUCUUUGGUGGAAGAGGGCGCCCCCUUCAGGACUCCAAGCGCCCAAUCGGGGGUAGGGCAUGUUUGUUUUCCCAACGGAUCAGGAUCUUCCACCUUAGCCCAAACGGAUCACAUAAGUCCUGUCCCGCCUCCUUUAGAGUUAUGCAGAGCUGUUUGAGCUCAGGUCACCAUAGCGACCAUGUUGUUGUUGUUGUUGUUGUUGUUGUUGUUCCCUGUGUGCGUUUGACUUUACAAUUUUAGGACUUUUAUUUUAUUUUUUUGUUUUUUUUUUUUGUUUUGUUUUUUUUUGCAUUAGUGUUGUCCAGCCUUUCACGCUUCCCUUGUGCCAGCCCAGGCUCCGUCCCCUGCAGUGGGUGUGGCCUAACAGUGGCAGGCAUGUCCAGUCAUAGCUGUGCAAAGCAUCAUGGGAAAUAGUGAGGCGGUGGAGGCUGAUACCCGGCACAACUAGCCCGUGCUUGAUGUCGAUUGAACCUUUUAAUCCAGCAAAGUAGAUUUAUAAAAGAAUUGACAAGUAUUUAUAGAUUUUUACAAAUGUGACGGAUGAGUUAGUUUUCAUUUGUUCUUCUCCCACAACUUAAAUGCUGUAAACUUUUUGCUUUCCUGUCAUUUACACUGACGUCCAAAUAAAUUUGAAUAUUUCAGUAAGAACUUUCAAGAAAAAAAGGUU